GCGGGAUUCUGUCCUUUCGCGAGGUGUGCAAGACUGGGAAGACCAUCGUUUUGCAGGAUGCUGGUUGUUUCUCCCCGCAGGAAAGGCGCGGGGCGAGUUUGCCCGAACCGCACCCUCCCCUUGCUUUCUGCGACCCGCACGUGAGCUUGGUCAAGGCUCUAGCUAGCUCUUAGGAUGGGGCUACCAUGUGCUACCUCCCUCAGGAGACGUGACAGGAAUGUUACACAGAUGCUUCCAUCACAACAUCAUCAGAAAGUUGGAAGACAGACGGUCUGCAUUUUUAGAAGGAGAGCUGUGUCGUCUAGUGGCAGAUUGCAGCUCACGAAGGCCACCUGGGGCAGGCAAGAUUGGAGGAAGCACUGCAUUGCAUUUCUAGAGAAGAGCGGUGUGGGAUCAGAAAGGCUUAUCGUGCAUUUCAGGUUAAGGUACUGGUUGAAGCCAAGAAAGAGAGCUUCCCUUAUAGGCCAGAUCAGGCUAGCUAGCGGUGAAGCGCCUGUCAGGAAAAGUCCACCCAAGUGGAAACCAAAAAGCCUGUCGGGGUGACAAAGUUGUGCGCUUCUGGCAGCUCUAGCAGAUGGCGGCCACCCUGUUGGUGGCGGUUCUGCUGGUGCUGACAUUAUUUCAGCAUCCGGCAGUCGAGGGGUACAGGAUCCACAGAGACCGGACAGUUCGGACGAGCAGCACAGGGGGCCUCAUUCACUCUGUCGGACAGCGGCGGCUGGUGCAGAGUGCGGGGGCGUGUGGCUCAUUCCCUUCGGAUGAUCCGUACGAUGGGGCGAUAAAUGGACAGACGCCGAACACGCACGAGACGUGUUUCACGCAGAGUGGUCUGGUGCAGUACUGCUGCCCUGGUGGAACAACGCUCUGCUCGUGCCCCCAUACCCCCGUUCCUGACUCGGGGCCUUACACUUGCUACAACUAUCUCUCUGCAACAACGGCGUCAGUUCCCGCGACGGCCCCGACUGACGCCCCUACACCGACCCCAACCGUUGUCGCUCCGGCCCCCGCGGUUACGGAUACCCCCACCCCUACUCCCGCUGGGACCACCCCCGCCCCUACGUCGACCGACACCCCUACCCCGACCCCGACUUUGACGACGGCGCUUCCGAAGCUCUCCGCAACGACGGCGGCGGACCCCUCGGCUGCCCCCGCACUGGCCCCCACCGAUGCUCCUACCCCGACCCCAACCGUUCUCGCUGCGGGCACGGAUACCCCUACCCCUACCCCCGUGGUGUUGUUGACCCCUACCCCGACGACGACGGAGACCCCUACCCCCACCCCCACGGGAAGCGCUUCCAUCCCGUUGACGUUCAGUGCGGUCGUGGGGGAUCCUUCUGCUGCCCCGCUCCCGGCCCCCACCGGCGCGAGCGACCCUGUCCCCACCCCGGCGCCUACUGUGGCCGGAAUCCCUGUCUCAACCACUGCGGCGCCAGCUGUCACUACUGCCCCGCCAGCUGUCACCACCGCUGCGCCAACUGUCACUGCCGGCCCUGCGCCGGUGGCAACCUACGCAGCCACCUCCGGCCAUGUCUGCGACCCAAUGUCCUCCCUCCCCUACACUUGCUACAACGCCUUCGGCAGCUCCUUCGCUUGCUGCGCCGACUCCGCGUGCCCCCCCCCGGGCCCGAUCGCUGUCUGCGCGGCCAGCCAGUCGACCACUCUCCAGUCCACUUCGUCUCUUGUUACCACCGACCCCGUCCCCGGAGCUUCCCCCGACCCGACCCCGGUUACUCUCCUGACCCCCUCUCCGACGUUUGCGUCCCGGCCGCAGACUGCCGCGAACACCAUUCCGAGCGCGACGAUGGAGCCCAUUCAGCCGGAGAAUGGGGUGUGCGGGUUCGACAGGCAGGGGCAGGCGCUGAACCAGUGCACGUCGUGCUUGCAAGUUGUGUUUUGCUGCCCCACGGGCUACACGUGCCCAACGGCGGACCCUGUGACGGCGUCGGACCCCAACUUCUGCAAAAUGGUCUACUGCCAGCUUAACGGCCAGAUCCCUGGUGCUUACUACUAAGUAGCUUAGGAAUAAACGCGGCGGCCGCUUCUUGUCCGGGGUUGUAGCUGCAGCGCUGGGUUUCCCUGCAUUGUAAGCCGCCACGUGUCACGAUAGGGUUGGUUGGAGGGCGAGUCUUAAAGUUAUGUGGUGUCGAUACGGUAGUCACCGUAGCUUACUUAUGACCGAGUCGUUUUCGGGACGUGAGUUCAAUCAGAUGUGCAGAACCUUCUCAAUCACUAGUGACCAUCUUAGAUUGCGCGACAACAGCAAAAGCUGUAUAGCGAUCGAGGGUUGGGUACACGUAGCAACAUUUAAUUCGACCACGAUCUCGAUGAAUUGAACUAUUACAGCUUGCUGAGCGAGCAACCAUUCGAUUUCCGAUAGGUCGGAUGGGCUGACCCUGAAGUCUGCUAUUCCUUGGUCCUCCUGCUGCAAUUAACAUCUAGUGUAGCUUGUUUGUUUCGACAAAUCAAACACUAUAUUGGUCAAAAGCCCCCGAGUCAGUUGCUCAAUGAUCUUUGGUGCAAUGGAAGGCGCACUGAAGUGCGGGUACCAUUAAGCAAUCAGGCAAUCAUCGGAUGGAGGCGCUCCUACGUCCC